GCCAGCAACCCUGCGCCACAGGGACGCAUUGAGAACAAACCCCAGAGGCACAAACCGCUGUGGGGACACCCUUUGACCGCCGUGGCCAACAGGCGCAGCCAGACUCCGCAGCGCGCGCCUCCGUGUCUGUCUGAAGGCUUUUUCUCACAGCUCCGACACUGAGGAGAAGCUUUGAACCUACCUGCCAAGAUAAACUCACCUCGCCUAUUUAUGCCCCUGCCUCUUACUGCACUCGAGACAGGAGAGUGUCAGCAGCUCAGAGGGCAGGUUCACGUCUCCAGCUCGUCUCCAGUGGCGCACGGGCCACUUUUACGCGCUGGGAAUGGCAACUUUUGGGGACCCUGGAAAGAGUCCUGCUCCACCUCCACUCUAAAAUAAUUAAGGGGGGCCACACUGGGGGAGGUACACAUCUAGAGAAAUACAGCAGGGAGAUAUUAUCCACCUGCCGGUGAAGCACACCGGCCCUGGGGCGGAAUGCUGCUCCCCACGCUGGUGACGUGCCUCGCCGGAUGCGCCUUCCUUCUCUCGCCGGUCAGCGAGGGUUGUGGGCCGGGUAGAGGCUACGGCAAAAGACGGUCCCCGAGGAAGCUGGCGCCUCUUGCCUACAAACAGUUCAGCCCCAAUGUGGCCGAGAAGACUUUAGGAGCCAGCGGGAGGUACGAAGGGAAAAUUACCCGGAGCUCUGAGCGCUUCAAGGAGCUGACCCCGAACUACAACCCCGAUAUCAUCUUCAAGGAUGAGGAGAACACAGGUGCAGACCGCAUGAUGACUCAGCGCUGCAAAGACAAGCUGAACUCUCUAGCCAUCCAUGUGAUGAACCUGUGGCCUGGUGUGCGGCUGCGGGUCACAGAGGGCUGGGACGAGGAUGGCCAUCAUUCUGAGGAGUCGCUGCACUAUGAAGGCAGGGCAGUUGACAUCACCACCUCGGAUAGAGACAGAAACAAGUAUGCUAUGCUUGCACGACUGGCGGUGGAAGCUGGAUUUGACUGGGUCUACUAUGAGUCUAAGGCCCACAUCCAUUGCAGCGUCAAGUCAGAUCACUCAGUGGCAGCAAAGUCUGGAGGUUGUUUCCCCGGUGAGGCCUCGGUCAUGUUGGAGGGCGGCACUCACAAGUCCAUCAGUGACCUGCUACCUGGUGAGCGAGUCCUGGCCUCAGCAGGCGGUGGGGAACUGGUGUAUAGUGAAGUCUUGACCUUCCUGGACCGCGACCCCAUGACCUGGAAGCUCUUCUACACCCUGCAGACUGAAGCAGGCACCAGCCUCUCGCUCACAGCUGCCCACCUUCUGUUUGUGACAGAUGGGAACUGCUCAGAGGGGACUGAGCUUGCCCAGGGAGCCCUCAGGACUGUGUAUGCCAGUGAUGCCCAGCCGGGACAGUGUGUGCUGGUGUCAAAGGGUGAAGCAGGACCAGGCCGUCUGUCUCAUAUCACCCGGGUCAGUGUGGGAGGGAGCAAGGGAGCAUUUGCACCGCUGACCCAACAGGGGACGCUGGUGGUGGACGGGGUGGUGGCAUCCUGCUAUGCAGUGUUGGACCAGCACUCUCUGGCUCACUGGGCCUUCUCCCCACUCCGCCUGAUCUACAACUGGACUGGAUCCACUUGGAGCCACACAGAUGGGGUCCACUGGUACGCCAAGAUUUUACACUGGCUAGGCAAGAUGCUGCUGGACUCAGGACGCCUCCACCCCAUGGGCGCAGCACAGGACGACAGGUGAGGGCAGGAAACGGGUCACACAGGAAGACACUUGGAGCAAUAUGAAAUAAAAUCCUGUUUUUUGCCUGGGACACUCCAAAGACCAGCCUGAAGAGCAAAGCAGGUCUGCGAAGGACCUCGUGUGGAGACAUUUGGGUUCCUGCUGAAGCAUGAUGGGAGUUUUUCCUGUAAGAUAAAGAGGGGUGAAGCAGAAGCUGUGUACUGACAUAGAUGAAUCUCCACAAAACACAAACACAGACCCCAGACUUUAAAAGAUACUUUCAACACUGUAAAACAACAACCCCCUGAAUCAUUCCUUAAUCUUCCUUUAGAAGAAGACUGAGCACCUUUAGGUUUCAUUCCAGGGAUAUCUUCAUGGUGUCUAAGGUUUAGCUUUGGAUGAAGCUAAUUUGUCAUCCAUCUAAAACAAACCUUAAAAACCUGAAUCCUGCAUUGGACUCCCUUUAAUGUCAUUGAUUUGCAUCUGAAAGUGGUUUCUACUGGAACAUGUAAAUGACUUAAAUGUAAAGGGUUAAUUAUUGAAAUUGAAAGGUAAGUUUUAAGGGAUUUAGUUUCAGGGGGAUGUCUACUGAGCUUGUGUAACAAUAAAGCUAUAACGGAGAUUUUAGAAUAAAGAUAGUGUAUUUAACUGUUUUUUGUUUACAGAAAUUCAUUAAUGUUUAUGAAGUUGU